AUGUUCCGUCAGACAGUCAUUCGUGCCAUGCAGAAGCGCGGACUGGAGGGCGGCGCCUCCAACGACCGUCAGGACAGAAGCCUGGUUCGAAUAACGCUGCGUGGAGACUCGGAGCGUGUGGAAGAGCUGGUGGCAGCUCUAAGCGAGGGCAAACCCAUCAACGAUUGGGGUGCCACAACCACGAGUAUCGAGGACGUGGAUGAACACUGCGGCAUGGCAAUCGAAGCACAUCAAGUGACCACGACUACAGUCGACAACCGUCACUGGAACCCCAAUGUCACUAUGUUCGUCUAG